AUGCAAAAGGAGGCUAAGAAGACGUGCAAGAAAGAACUUAAAGCGCGGUCAAAGGCGCAAGAAAAUCUCAUGAAAAAUCUCGAGGCGGAGAGAAAGGCACAAAUGAAAGCGCAAGAGAAGACACAAGAGAAAACAAGAAAGCAGGGAAAGAAAGAACAGAAGGCACAGGCACAGGCACAGGCACAAAGACUGAAGACGGUAGAGAACGCAAAAAGGAAGAUGAAAGAGGCAACAGUGCAAAAGCUGAAGGCAGAAGGGAAAACUGAAACAGAGAAGAUAGAGCUAGCUGCACAGAAACUCAAGGCAGAAAAGAAAGCUGAAACGAAGAAAAGAGAGAUAGCUGCACAGAAACUCAAGGCAGAAAAGAAAGCUGAAACGAAGAAAAGAGAGGUAGCUGCACAGAAACUCAAGGCAGAAAAGAAAGCUGAAACGAAGAAAAGAGAGGUAGCUGCACAGAAACUCAAGGCUGAAAGAAAGGCUGAAACGAAGAAAAGAGAGGUAGCUGCACAGAAACUCAAGGCUGAAAGAAAGGCUGAAAUGAAGAAGAGAGGCGCAGAAAAAGAAGAGCCAGCGAAAAAAGCGAAACUGAAUAUAAAAUAG